AUGUACUCUUAUGAAGCAGGUCGCGUUGCGGACGACACGCAGAUGGGACCCGCACGGCGAUGCAGGAACGUGCCUGCGGACCGGCUUGAUACAUAUGCAACAGCAAUGGCUCACCACAGCCACGGCCACCACGACAGCGACGGCGACGCAGUCGCUUCUUCGACAGCACCAAAUGCCGCACAGCCAGCAGCGGAAAAGGGUUUUCCAGCUUCAUUGACCGCCUCGACGUCGCAAUCAGCUCAAGAAGAUUCGAACAGGGACUCUGCGUCUCCAUCACAUACGCUGCUGUGGUCCAAAUCCAAGGUGUAUGUCCACCCCUCCCCCUAUGCAAAGCACAAUAUACCCGGCUAUCUCGCUCUCAGCAGACCUGGAUCGGCCAAGCCAGGUGCCAAAGUGCUGCUCUCCUUCCUCCCAGAAAGCCUUGUAGAGCAGCGCCAAGAGCUCGAGAAAUUCGUUCGCAUCGAGUACACCACCUCUGCCAAAGCAGCCGACGAUACCCAACUCGAUCCACGAAAGAGCCUAGAAGCUGUCGAGGGUGAUGACGACGACGACGAAGAUUCGAUGCUCAUCGCAGAGCCACCCACCUCCUCUGCCUAUGCGUUCUCGCUGCCUCUGUCCCGCAUAUAUAGCUUCACCAUCAAGACACCCAGCAUCAGCUCGUGGUAUGGUACUGUCACCGUCAGUCAGGUCGGGGGCGUCGCCAUGCCGACGCUCUACUUUCAUGAUGACGAGAGCAAGAGCACUGUCCUCUCCAUGCAUAGAGCUAAGCAGACCGCCUCAGCUGAUGCUGCUGCUGCCGCUGCCUCCACAGCUGCCCAAGCUAACGCCGAUGAUGGUUCCCGGCUCUCCACGCUUCCCAGCUCCUCAUCUUGGUCCGCUUCGUCUUCCCAUCGCACAUCCCUUCGGUGUACCUCGCCAUCUCCCACCUGGGGCGGUGAUGAGCUCGUUCAGCAGCUUCGCAGGUACGCCAACGUCCACCGCAGCGCCCUCGAUCCCAACCUCUUCCUCGUCAACCCAUCUCGUGCCGAUCUCGAGACCCACAAUACGCCGCUGUUUGACGAUGAUGCCAUCGACAUGCCCAACCCGAAUCCGGCCAAUGCUGCUUGGAGUCAGGAUCUCUCCGAGAAUGCAUACUCCAUGAGCCCUCUCCAUCAAUCUCUGCCCGGCAACACCACCCCGAAACGCAACAACGAGCUUGCCAUGGACAAUUUCACCGUCAUGGCCAAGAGCGCACGCAUGUCCGUGCUCUCCUCCUUCGCCAGCUUCACGCAGAAGGCUCGGCACGCUUCGCACGCCGUGCUUUCGCAUCCGCUCGCUAAACCUUACGUUCCACAUCUGCCUGGUCCUGUGCAGUCGUUUGCGCAAGCCGGUCCUGUUCCUCUCGGGCCCAACGAGGGCGAAUGGGAAUGGCGUACCUCGAGCAUCGCCAACAAGAGCGGCACGGGCGAGUACUACGACAGUGCCAGAGUCUACCUAGCGCGUUGGGCGCGUCUCGUGGCAGAGGAGGGCGAGCGCAAUCGGCGCAAGGAACAGCGUUUGGCUGCAGCCAUCGGGGCCGUAUCUGAUGCUUCUGCGACGGGCGUACAUGGCCGUCCUUCCAGCUCUUUAGGCAACCGGACCGAAGGAAGCGAACUGGGCGCGUUUGAGCUGCUGGAAAAGAUAUACGACCUGCCGAGGCCCACCUCUGAACGCGAAGCUCGAUCAGCGGACCUCAGCACCGAAAAUGCGACAUCUCAAGCCGGUCUCGACGAGCAAGAAUGGCGUUCCCUGUUCGAUGGCAGCACCGGCCGUCCCUUGCAUCCGAUUGGCGAAAUUCGUCACCGCGUCUUUGUCAAUGGCUUGACGAAUCAAGCAAGAAAGCUUGCGUGGCCCUUCCUGCUCGAUGCGAUCCCCUUUGAUGCCACUUCGGAAUCGCGCGCAGCCAUCUGGGAGCAGCGAGAGGUCGAGUAUCACACCUACAAGGCACGAUGGCAAACCGACGACCAGCUCCUCGCGUCGGAAGAGUUUCGAGAGCAGCAGCAUCGAGUCCGCGUCGACUGUCUGCGUACCGAUCGAACUCAGCCCCUUUUCGAACGCGAUGCAAGCUUCGCUGCUGAUCCCAACGCCGAUCCGAUGCAAGAUCCCAAUCCGCACACCGCGAGGCUCGGAGAGAUCUUGCUGACUUACGGGCUCUGGGAAGCCGAGCAAUCGCUCGACGCUCCUUCGACCGAUGAUGAUAGCGCUGCAAAGACUGGUCAAGGACUGCUGGCAGGCUACGUGCAAGGAAUGUCUGACCUCUGCUCCCCGCUCUACAUCAUCUGCGACGGAGACGAGGUGCGCACAUUCUGGUGCUUCGUCGGAUUCAUGGAACGAACCAAAUCCAACUUCUACCGAGAUCAAUCCGGCAUGAAGACGCAACUCGUCUUGCUGCAGAAGCUCAUCUCGAUCAUGGAUCCUGCGCUGUAUACGCAUCUGGAGCACACCGAUUCGCUCAACCUGUUCUUCUGCUUCCGAUGGCUGCUCGUUCGCUUCAAGCGCGAAUUUACGUUCGACGAGACGCUCAACAUUUGGGAAGCUUGUUGGGCAGCAGAACCUGCAGAGGAAGAGGGAUGGGGGUUGAGCAGAUGCUUCCAUUUGUUCUGCGCACUGGCACUGCUCGAGUUGCACAGGGACUAUCUGACGAGGUAUCUGGAGCACUUUGACGAAAUCCUGCAGUACUUCAACUCUCUCACCGGCGAUUUUCAUGCAGAGACGGUGAUCGCAAAGGCGGAGGUGCUGGCAAAGAGUUUCCGCGAGAUCGUAGCGCACAACAAGUCGGACCGAGCAGAAUCCGCGGGGGGAGAGAACAGGGAUUUCUUGACCAUCUUGUCGGAUCAAGAGUUGAAGUUUUUGCUGUGA